AUGAAACAGCAGGACCCCAGAGACAAGCACCACUGCGUGCUUAUGCUGGAUGACUUCUACCACCGAAACCAUCUGUGCAUAGUUUUUGAAGGCUUGAGCAUGAAUCUGCGAGAGGUACUGCGUAAGUACGGUAAAGGCGUAGGGCUACACAUACGCGCGGUGAAGUCCUAUACACAGCAGCUGCUGAUGUCCCUGCGGCUGCUCGAGAAAUGCGGUCUAAUCCACGCCGAUCUCAAGCCUGAUAAUAUUCUUGCCAAUGAGAGCAAGUUACCGACAGUGUAG